AUGUCCUACGACCACAACGACUUCACCAACUCCGACGACGAUUUCAUCCGAGAUCUCGUCGCCACCGGCUUCAUCUUGGCAGAACUUGAUGAGUCACUCCAGCAAGGCGGGGAAGACCCCCAGAGCUCCUCGCAUGGGAGAGAGGACGCGAACGAGGUGAGCUGUUACACGCAACCGAUAGCUUUUCAGAUGCUGAUCAUGCUGUGGGGCGACUGCGGCCGGCCCUCACACGUCUUCCAGCCUCUAACGAGCACCCCCGCCCUUACACCCACGCCCGUCGUUACAUUCACCCUCACCCCCACCCUCACCCUCCCGCAGCCCUCUUCUCCCACCAUGCAACCCGCUACGGUGGCUUCGUUCGCUCCAACGGCGCCCCUCGGCAACCUCUCACCCAUCCAUCCAUCCAUUCCUAUGGCUCCAGGGCAGCUCCCUUAUCUGUCUCCAUCUCCCGCCCUCACCCCCAGCCCCGUCCAUGACGACGAUACCGACGACAAGGAGAAUGCCGCUGCACCUCUCUUGCCCGGGCCUCAAGCCCGUCUUUCCGACAAGGGCAAGCGCAAGGAGGUAACUACAUCACUCUCUCCCCUCCCGACCCCACCCGCAAGGCCCGCCAAACGUUGCCGGGCGGACAAUGCUGGUGGCUCGAAUGCGGAUCAGGUGGUCUCUUGUAAGAGGGCCCGAAGGGAAACGGACAGGCCCGCUCUCACUUCUCCCGAGCCCGAGGCUCUAGACGAGGACAGGGGGAACCCAUGUCCCUACCUGGUGUCCCGGCACUCGCAGCUCACCUGUGGCUUGCGCGGCUGCAGUGAAGUCCUCGAGGUCUCGGGGCUCUCACCGCUCGCGCCCACUUCCGGGAACACUUUUCUGGUGAUUCAUCACCAAGCCUCGGUACUCCGGGUCCCAGCCGACCCAGAAAAACCACUGUCGCUCAAUAUCCCGACUACGAUACCAAGGUGA